GCUCUGAAGCGACGUUUUGUUGACCUGGAGGACAAGGUGAACAUUUACGAGCAGGUCUAUGCCAUCCUCAGGUCUCGUCCACAGCAUGAGGCCAACUCGGUCUUCAAGCGAAUCCGAACCGGUGACGACCCGCAGAGCAUCCUUCGGCAUGUCGAGCACGGCGAUCUUCUUCUCCAGCUCAGAGUGGUCCCGGAAUCCCGAUACCGAUACGAAUUCCCCUUCAUGUCCCCGCUCCCCGCCCGGCUGCAGACCGAGGACAACCCCUAUUUAGGAUCGCUCAUAUACGAGUGGGAGGUUGAGCGCCCUAGAUCCCCCGUCAGGUCGCCGAAACGAAGAGGCAAGCAGCUGGAAACCGACCGGUCAGCAAGUAAAGAGUCUACCACGCCGGGCCCCGGUCCCUAUGUGAAGCCGUUUCAUGCCGCCGAAGUGCAUGACCCUCUUAUCGACUCGGCCGAGCCGUCAAAAUGGACCGACGUCACGACGGAUAAUACUCUCCUUCGAAGUCUCUUGAGGUCCUAUUUCCUACACGAGUACCAGUGGUUCUCGGCAUUUCAGAAAGAAUACUUUCUCUCCGAUAUGAUUGCAGAUCGACGUCAAUUUUGCUCCCCCUUGUUGGUCAAUGCCGUUCUUGCCCUUGCUUGCGCGGGGGGCCGAGGCAAGCUCACAACGAUUCAAGCUGCCAUCAUCCUCAACAUUGUGUAUAACUUGAAUGCCAUGGUCAAGCUUGGGUGGCAAUACACGCUCCAGGCGAUUGAUAUGGCACACAAGAUGAAGCUGUUCAAGAAGCCUGAGAACUGGGAAACGUUGAAUACCAGGUUAAGGGCUGGCCGAGAUUUCACGGCAUGGAGCCUAUUUGGCUGGCAAAGGUACGCGGUCUCGAUCCAACUUGUUUUAAAGGGCACUCAGUCAGCGCAGGUGCUGAUACAUGGUCACUUUAGCCACUGUACCUACACUUUGUUUGAGAAGCCACUCGUAAACGACCCCCCGGAGGUGCCGCUGCCUACCAUCACAGCUGACCCAAGUUGGUAUGGCGAGGUGUGGCUCAAGUACCCCCUCGAAAGUAUCCUGUAUCCGAGCCAUUUUGCAGAAUUUUACAAGGCCAACACAGAGUUUCGGGUGAUAUUGAACGACAUUUCCAAAACGUUGCACGGGGAGGCAGGGCAGAGUCGAUCACCACCAGCCGAAUCCAAGAUUGCUGCGCUUUACUGGAGAUUGCAAGCAUGGUAUGCUGCGCUGCCCGAAUCACUUUCGCCUAGGACGAUUUACGAAACGCUGCUCAGGCUGUACUACCUUCGCCACGGAUUCGAAGCUCUGGACGUCUUCAUCAUGGUGUCACUCAUGACACUCGCGUUUAUCACAACCAAAGAGCUCGAAGACACCCGUCUCUCCUCGGCCCAGCCGCCUUCCGAAGAACAAAAAGCACACAUUGAUUCCCUACGAGCCACCCUUGUCCUGUGCACCAGAGGGCUGUACGACCAAGGGAAGAGUUACUAUCUGUCCCAGACCAUCUUUCGUCUAGUACGAAGUGGGAUGCAUGUUGACGAGAAGGAGCUGCUCCGCGAAUAUGCCUCUCUACCUGACGAGGAAGACAGCGCGGAUGCGAAGAUGAGAGAAGAACUGGCCCAAAGGUUGUGGCCGCAUCCCCACCCCCAGGCGCAGAACGACGGGCAGGAAGGCGUCGAGACGGAACAUGCAUCCGGGCCAGCGGCUCAGGAACAAGAGGGAUGGAAAGUGCUGGAUGUAUUAUUGAAGAAAUAUGGAGAGGUCAGGAUGGAAGCUCCGGAGAGCGGCGACUCGGAAGAUCAGGGGUAG